UUUGUCGCCCGAUGAUGACGUAGGCGAAACUUGCUAAGCCUGUCGGGCGCAGUUAUGGACCGGAAAAGAUGCUAGUGAGACCAUUUUUUUUAUCCGAACCAAAGGGUAGGCAAAAGGAAAACACAAGUGGGUAAGUUGUUGCGUGCAACGCCCGGUUAAUAGUGUGUUUUGUUCCGUUUUAAGCAUUAGUGAGGCCAUUCAAACUUGCCGGUGCGAGCUAGCUAGCAGCUUAGCAUUCAACAAAUGCGUGUGCUUUGACUUGACGUGAUUUGUCUUGGCGGGGAAUGACGUCAUCCGCGCAGUUGACAGCAGAUCUGGCGGCUGUUGUCAUUGGCGUGAAUUGGGGCUUGCCUUGUGCCGGCCGCUCUCUUCUGUGAUUGCCUCUUUCCCCAUGUCUCCAAUCACAAGCUCAAGGGUUGAGUCCGGAAGCUGCCCGGCCCGCAGAGAUGCACUCGUCCGUGAGGGAAAUCCCGCUGUCGUCCGAGCCCGACUCCUCCUACUUCCUGCGUGUGGACGAGAGUGGGCGGGGCUUGGCCUAUGGCUUCCAGCUGCUGCUCAGCGACGGACGACACGCUUGGAGUGGAGAAGCGAGCGAGGCGUGGGUGCGCCAGGAGGCGGCUGAACUGGAGAUGUCCACGGAGAAGUACGUCCAGGACCUGCGGGAGGCGCUGACGGGGGAGGCGGGCGUCCACUCUUACCGCUUCGCCCUGGCGCCGGCCGCGCCCGACGGCGCCCUCACACUGACCUACGACAAAGUGCAGAAGGACAUCUCGUUCAGGCUAGGCUCGACGCGGCUCGGGCCCGUCACCGAGCCCGAGCGGAUUGUCGGGGCUCUGCUGACCCGCAGUCUGGAGAGAGCCACUUCUCUGGAGCGGCACAACCGGGAGCUUCGGGAGCACAACCUACGGCUACGACGAGAACACGUCCGCUUCGGCGCCGAGCUGGAGCGCUACGCCAGCGGUAAGGAGGCCCUGGAGGCGGAGCUUUACGCUCGCUUUCUUCACGUCCUCAACGAGAAGAAAGCCAAGAUGCGCGGCCUGCGACAGACGCUCGAGCAGCUCCGGGAAGCCGGGAGCGGCGAGAAGCGAGAGCGGGCGGCUGAGGAGGCGGAGGGAGAGGCGAUGGCGCCGCCGCCGCCGCCGCCGCUGCCGGCCGUUGCAUCUUCCGGCGGGGCGCGCUCUCCUGGCCCGUGCGACGACAGCCUGAUGGACAUCGCCGACGUGGCGCCCAGUCGCAAGCGGCGCUUCCGCCACCGCCCGGGACCCUUGGAUGCGGCCGUUGAGCGAGCGCACGCAAGCAAGAGCGACUCCCCGGCGGCAGCCAGUCAGCAGCAGCCGGCGGCGUCAGAAGAAGUGGAGGACCUCUUUGAGGACUUGUGACAGCCGCAAGAUGGAUGAGAAGAAGCAGCUUUUGUGGACGUCUGUCCAUCUGGGACUUUAGCCUUGGGCGUUGGGACGGUGCGCUGCAGCGAAAUGAUUGUUCCUCGAAUAAAAAGUGUCCAGGCC